GGAUUGAAGACUGUAGAGCGACAGGUUGUUGUGUUGUACUCUACGUUCAUUCAGACAGACACCAGCAUGAAGGAUCCACAGCUACCAGGUAUCAAAACACUAAAUGUCUGGGCGAAGCGACAUGGGAAAAAAGGAAAGAAUGAACCGGCGGCCCAACCUGCCCAGAAAGAAGCAAGAGCAUGCAAGGUACCAGCGCUUACUCCUGAACAAAGAGUGAAGCAGACGCCCUUCGAGAGGGUCCUCUAUGACAUGUCCCACAAUGAGCAGGUCAUCAGUGAAAUGAUGCUGGGCCGCAGGAUUGCUUUCUAUGAACUCAGAGGAGAAAUAGGGACUGGAAAUUUCUCUCAGGUCAAACUGGGUGUUCACGCUUUGACUAAAGAACGUGUUGCAGUAAAGAUUCUCAGGAAGGCACGGCUCGGCAAGAAGUCGCAGAAUCUGUUUGCCUCAGAGAUCAUCUGUAUGGAAAAUCUGUCCCAUCCGAACAUUGUGCGUCUGUAUGAGGUGCUGGAGACCAGUAAGCAUCUGUACCUCGCUAUGGAGUACGGCAGCGGAGGAGACCUGUUCUCUCGCCUCACCAGCAGAGGCCGCCUGUCAGACCUGGAGAGCAGGCUCAUCUUUGCCCAGAUCAUCUCAGCCAUCAAAUACAUGCAUGAAAACAACAUCAUCCAUCGUGACCUGAAAGCAGAAAAUAUUUUUUACACCACUUGCUACUGCAUCAAAGUGGGUGACUUCGGUUUCAGUGUGGUCAGUGAGCCGACCGCGACCCUGAACACGUUUUGCGGCUCCCCGCCGUAUGCGGCCCCGGAGCUGUUCAGAGACAAAAGCUACGUGGGCCAUUAUGUGGACAUCUGGGCGCUGGGUGUCCUCCUCUACUUUAUGGUGACUGCCACCAUGCCUUUCUACGGCAACAACUUAGGGCGACUGAAGCGCUGUAUCCUGCAGGGGGCGUACAGCAUCCCGCCCUACGUCCCUGAGUCCUGUCAGCUGGCCAUCAAGGGCAUGCUGAGACCCUUACCUGUGGACCGGACCACCGUGUCUCAGCUGAUGCUAUGCUCCUGGCUGAAGGGCAUCGAAUACCCCAAACCCUAUCCUGCUUUCAAUGCGACGCCCAAUUACCUAGCUGACCCAGUGAAGAGCCUGUGCGUGGAGGAACAGGAAGUGAAGUCGGCCCUGAGUAAGCUGGGCAUCAGUGGCACACAUCUGCAGAAUAAAUCCUGCACUGACUGCCGCUGCCCAAUAACAGGGACUUAUCGUAUCCUGCUGCACCGCAUCCAGAAGAGGAGAUCCAUGGAAGCGGUAGGAUACUCCGCUCUGUACCCCGAGGAUUUUGGUACCAAGAAAUACUGGACCAGCAACGUAAUGGCUAAGCACAAUCCUUCGGCAGUGUGUAACAUCCUAUGAAAACAAGUGUUGGACGAUACGUGCAUAAAGCCAUGUUUCAGGAUGUAAACAAUUUACAUGCAUGAAGUUGUGCUGGUUUUUGUGCGAAACCUAGCAUCCCAGAAUGAAUCCCAAGAUUAGUAUUUGCAUUUUGGAAAUAUAUUAGUUUAGAAGUUUUUUGGUGCUUAUCUGCUGCUGAAUCUGUUGUUAAAAAAACAGCACAAAAAGGAUAGCCCAAUUUCUGAAAUGAAAUCAGUCGCCAGUUAUUUUUAAUGAAUCAAAAAUGUACAGAGCAACACGUGUAGCCGAAACUAAUGACUCUUUCGAGCUGGUUCUUUUUAGUGAAUCAAAAGCAUAUAACACAAGUGCAGCCUGAUUCCCAAAAUGAACGAACAGGUUCUUUUUAGUGAAUCAUGAACAUGAAAUGCAACAAAUGCAAAUUAUGAAUCAAAAACAUACAGGGCAACAAGUGAAGCAUGAUUCCCGAAAUGAGUGGCUCUUAUGAGCCGGUUCUUUUAAUGAAUAGCUCAUUAUAACGGAAAUAUACUACUAUUAAUCAGAACGAAUCAGUUGUACCGGGCAGUUUUUGUGUUCUGUUUUACAAAAUCUCCAGGGUCCAAUGGGAUCCAAGGCCUGAGACCACUUGUGCAAAUGCUUACAUUUGUAAAACUUCUAAUGAUUUUAUUUUUGCAGUCAGUCCAUCAGUGGUCAUUUACUGUUGCCAAGUGGAAAACGGAGAUGUGGCCAAUACUUAAUGGUUAGGAAAACAUUUGAUACAUUUUUGUAUCACUGAUUAGUUUGAAAAUAUUGUUUGUUUGAUAUUGUCUGAGCCACAGCUUUGGAUUGAACGUCAUAUGUAAUAAAUAUUUGCAAUACGCUGGUUACUGGCUGUUCUGGCCUUAUGUAACAAAGUGCACAUGCAUUUAUAAAAGCCUGACAGAUUUGAUGUUUAAUUUGAUGGAUUCGACAGCAAUCUGUUUCUAUUUAAAUAGUGGAAUAACUUGGCAAUCAUUUCCUGGUCUCAGCCAGGGUUUACACUGAACGUAUGACGCAAAGCAUUAAACGCUAAUCAGCGGUUAAUCCUAAUGAGCGUGGUGCUUUAUAAAAAGCUUGUGGUAUCAGCCAUUAUUCCAUUCUAUAGAAUUAAUCAUCUUUAUUUUCAAGCCAUGGCACAUUCAUAUCAGGAAUGGAGGAGAUCUGCCAAGAUGCUGUUUUUACAGGCGUUAUAGUGUUUUGUAGUUACACACACAUGCCUUUUGACCUUCUAAAUCAUGUUUAGAGAUACACGUCAUGUUACUAAACCUUAUAUUACUCAAUAACAUGACAAAUAGAUCUGAAAUUGUUACUGUACUCCACUGCAAUCAUUUGCAACAUGAUGUUUGAUUAUCAAUUUACAGUUAAGCAUGUUAAUAUGUUAAUAUUAUCUUUUUGUUUGAGCUCAUAUACAUGACAAAUGUAUUGUGCUUUGCUAAUAUGGUACAUAACAUUUCAUAUAACGUUGUCACACGAAUUACAGACGCUACUUGAAAAACACAUUGUAUUAUAUUUUUGUAUAAUAUUUUCAUGACAGUCAGUAAACUUUCCUCUCAAAUUCUCAUUACUGUGAUGUAAUAAUAAAGAUAUAAAUACUGUUUGAAAAUGAUAUAUAAGGAAGUAUUUAUGCAUCAGUGUACCAAUAUAGGAAUUAAAAUUAAAAAUAGUCCGACAUUAAAAAAAAAAAUAAAUCUCCCAAUGCAUAUGGUAAUGAGAAUAUGAGAAAAUUUAGGGGGGGAAAUGUCAUAACAUUAUAGACUAAUGCAAAGUCUAUAAUGCAAAAUGUAAUAAUAAUAAUAAUAAUAAUGCAAUACAUUUGUUUUUUCAUUUCAUUUAUUUUGUUGUGAAAUGUGACAUGGAUUUUUUUAAUUACCAAGUUUUAAUAAAAUAGUAUACAUUGCCUGU